GAGAGAGAGAGAGAGAGAGAGAGAGAGAGAGAGAGAGAGAGAGAGAGAGAGAGAGAGAGAGAAGCAGAUGAGUCUUUUGCAGGCCAGCUGUGAGCCAAACAGACUGACAGUUCUCCGUGGGUGGGGGGACAGGUUAUGGCUGGCAAGUCCAUAGAAGAGAUCAAGAGGGAGGCAGUGGGCCAACAAGGAGCAGAAGAUGGCUAUGUCGGUGGGAACUCGUUUAUGGUGGGGUCCUAUGAACAUGAGGAACUGGGUAGGGUAAAGAAUUCCAGCGAAGACGGAAGAUGGAAGGGAGCCCAACAUACGGCAUCGUCCAACGUCCUCUGGUCUCCCGCAGCACCAAUUUCUGUGCACGGCAGAUCGACCAGAGAUUGUCUUCCUGCUCAGUCUGCUCAAGGUCAUUCUGUUGCUGCAUGGCGACCAGGCAGCGGUGGAGAGACUCCCCUGGAUAAGGCGAAGGGGGCAUCGAUAGACUCGAUUCAACAUCCGGCAGGGCUCCCGGUUUUGUAUCAGCCGCAAGGAAGUCUGCCAGGGCUUUCGCUGCCCUUCCCGUCAGGAGCACCUCAUGUUGGAUCGCCGUACUUUCCAUCUACGUUCUCUAACUAUGAGAUUCCCACUACUUCAUCAAGCACGCCGUUUGACGGGGCUCGGCCUAGCCCCCUUGGCUUCGGAAACAAUCACCUUUCUGUCGGCUACCCACAGUCGGGUAUGCCGCGAUUGACAUACAGAUGGUGGCGCAAGAGCAACGCAGGGAGGAAGAGCCUUCAUGAAGUAAAAGAAAGGGUGUCUUCAGAAGGAGCGGGGCGGCCGGGAGAAGCAACUGAACCGCAGCCUCAAGACAUUGGAGGAGGAGGAGGAGGAGGAGGAGGAGGAGGAGGAGGAGGAGGAGGUGACAGGGAACCGGAUUCUUCUUCGGAAGUGGCAAAGUCAGGUGCCGCUGUUGCCUCUGCGCCUGGGCAAAGAAAAGACAGCAGCAGCCUUCGAGCCUCUCAUAUCGCAGCCUCGCUCUGGAGGAAGCGGAAAGAAAGGGCAUCACAAGUGCGGAAACGGGAUAGCAGAUUAGCGGUGUACAGAGGCUAUGGACAGCCUCUGAGGGAAGGGGACCUUGAUGUUCUGAAGUCCGUUUUCGGCAAGUUCGUUUCUAGGGAUUGGGAGGAUUUAGGUGCGCGGAGGGUGCUAUCGGAGCAAUGAGCAAUUGAUUUGACUGUGUCUGUAGCCAGGCUCUUCUCUACUUAGUAGCAUCCUUUUUGAGCAUUGCACAAAUGAACGCAACCCGUGCAGCAACUGUAGCAAAGGUAAUAUUUUUUUGUCUGAGUAGUAGACCUGCUGUUUGUCUGUUAGCUUUUGAAUUUGCCAGGCGAUUUCCGUACCAUUUCCAUAACUGAGACAAUGGGACCCGAGUUUCAUUCGCGAGCCCUCGGUCAUGCUAGUCCAUGUCACUGAGACAAUGGGUCCCGAGUUUCAUUUUUGCGAGCCCUCGGUCAUGAUAGUCCAUGUCACUCACUGUUAGAGGAGGAGAGGUAAUUUCAGUGUUGUAAUAAGUUUCAGCUGCCUCGCUGGUUGCUCCCUCGGCAGGAGCUGCUUUUAUAUACUUCCAUUUGAUGGAGUUAGAUGACACACGUUGAGAUCGAGAUAAAUCUAGACAGAGUUAGGAACAAGUACGUUGAGUUUUUCCUUUUUGCCCUUUGAGGACGCAGGCAUUGCAGAACAAUCCAACCAGCAGAACGCUGGUCGGGAGGGAUGCGCAAACUCUCCACUUGAUUGCUCAGUCCUGCCGCUGACCAGCUUGUAGGUGAUAAUGGCAUUCCCAGCCUGGUAGGUGCUACACUGCUACUUACUAUAGGAGAGUUUAUGGUGAACUCUGCUAGGAAAAUUUAUGUUUGUACAGUGAUGGGAAUCAGAGCGAGGAUAGGUAAGAGACGCAGAAGGAGAGGGAAGGACAGGGAAGGACAGGGAAGGGGAUGAAACAAGAGGAGGGUAGAGGGAAGACAAAAGAAGGGGGGAGGGGAGGGGAGGGGAGGGGAGGGGAGGGUCAAAAGGUGGAGAGAGGAGAGGGGAGAAAGUGGAGAGAAUGGAACGGGAGAGGGGAAAACAAGAAGAGUUGCCAGUGUACCCCUGCUUUAUCAAUUAUUUUGAACUUCAAGGCCGUCGUCAGCUCUGCUUGCAUCUGUGUGUGUGUGUGUGUGUGUGUGUGUGUGUGUGUGUUUCAAGAGACCUCGCAUAAUCAUGGUUUGUUAUUUCGACCAUGGUUUUGGACUGUGCAGCGAGAUCUGUAUUCAUUUAAGGGGGUGGCAAAUUCUUCAUGUCCUUGGAAUGGCAUUCUUUUUCACUCUUAUGUUAUAAAUAUUUGGAUGGUGAAGUGCUACUACAGAUCUGAGUUGGAGCCACACUGCAUCCUUCAGUUAUGCUCGAAGUUUAAAGUUCCAGUAUACAUCUCUGUGUAAGCGGUUGAGCAUCGUUUUCUUACAGUGCUUGAGCAGU